UUGAAAAGGUCACAAAAGAAACAAGGCAAAUGACAAUAAAACAGGUAACUCAGAUAAAAAAAAAUAGUACUUUACAAUAAAUGAGUUACAGUUAACAAGUCAAUAACUUUGUUAAAGCGGUUUACUACUGUUACCUUUAUUUGGUAAAACAAUUAUCAAAAUGGAAAACAAAUCAUUUUUUAUUUGUUACUUGGUAUCAAAUCCAUACCUUCAAGCAUAAUAAAAAAUAUAUUUCCUGUCACGUGAGGGAUUCAAAUUCACAGCCUCUGUGUUUAAAGGCUAGUGAUAUAGCAGUUAGCUAUAACUGACAAAUUAAUACACCGGGGUUUUCGAUAUCUCGAAGUGUUAUAAGUGGAUCCACUAAUUGCUAAUAGGCGGCCACUCCAGUCAUGCUUCAGGGAUUCCCUAUAAAAUCAACCAAAUGUUUUGCCAGGACCCCUGCCCCACCCUAAAUCCGCCUCUACCAAAAAUCAUUAUCACAAUGUAUUUCCUUUUAAGUAUAAAUUAUGUACAGGACGUACGAUUUAUAGAUUAAGUUUCAAAUAUAAUAAUAUAAUUAUAUGUCUCAAUAUGUGGUUUAAUUCAAUUUUGAAAAUUGAUAUCAUUGCAGCUUUUUUCAACAGUCAAGAAAACCACAAAAUUCGCCAUGUGAAAUUUAAAAAAACCCAAAAUAAAACAACUUUGAACGGCUAAAUUAUUUUAUAUUUCUUCAUAUGUAACGUUUAUAUUGUAUGAGGUCAAACACGCAAAGCAAUGCAUGUGGUUUGUAAAUUUGAUUAAUGCUUUUUGUGUUUUUUGUUAAAUAUUUGUUUGUUUUGAGAUUGUGACACAUUGAUUACUGCUGUACCUAUAUUUUACCUAUAUAUGUCUGCUUUGUUUGUUUUGUUGUUUUGUUGUCCAUCCGUUUGCUGUGUUUUAUCAUUUGAUUUUGCCAUUUGAUGACGGACUUUCCAUUUUUAAUUUUCUCCGAGUUUAGUAUUUUUGUGAUUUUAUUUUUUAACUCACCAAAAGACAGUAAUUGUACUUAAUCAAUAUUAUAAAUCGGACCGCAUACCCGGAAUACAAUAUAAAUAAGUAAUUUGAAUACACACUUUUGUCACAGUCUUAUACACAAUGUGUCAUCUUUGUCACAAUAUUAACAGUUCACACAUGUGACAACACUAACGUAAUUAAAUUGUAUAAUGACAAUAAUAGUCCACACUCCCCCUCAACAAAAUGACGUAUGAUAUCUAUAUCAAAGAUGUAUAUACCAUCCAUAUAAAUAAUGGAAAACAACAUACAAUAAACAAGCCUUAAAAGCAUGUACAUAUCACAAAGUGAAGUUGAAUAGCAACACAUUAUAUUGUAUGUAUGUUGAUUUAGACAAGUAAUAUAAUGAUGAAAUAGGUUUUUUACACUUGUAAAGGAUUACUAUUCAGGUAACAUCUGCGAGGCAUUGAUUUUUAGUCAUCUCUUUUACUGGCUUAAUAAUUUUCUUCGUUUUCUUGUAAAUAAAGGAUAAUUUAACAUUUCAUUUAAUUUAGGUUUAGUUUCUGUGUGCUGUCUAUUCUAGUUCCAUAAUGACUUUAGAGGAAGGUGGUCGGAGAACAUGCAUCAAAGUUACAAUUAUAUUGGUCAACAUACCAGUAGCGCUGUUUGGUCUUGUUGCAGCCGGACUUGGGAUAUGGAUAGCUAUGGAUGACCCUAGCUUCAUGCAUUUUACACAUCUGGAUGAAAUAGAACUGUUUGAUACCUCCUAUGUAAAGACUGGGUCAUACAUCAUCGUUGCUGGUGGUUUUGGUGUAGCAUUAUUCGGUAUACUGGGCAUCGUAGCUGCAGCAACAGAGAGUAUGAUACUAUUAGCUGCUUAUACAAUGUUAAUUGCGUUAGCGAUGGCUGUUGAAGUAGCGGCAACAGUAUUGGGAGUUGUUUUCAAACAUACGGUGGAAAAUACUAUGGAGAAGGCAAUAGGGAGAAGUAUAACAGAAGAAUUUGAAGGGAUAGCAGAUAGCGAGAAUGCAUUUACCAUACAUUUUAAUGCAGUACAGCAAAAAUUGGAGUGCUGUGGUUUUAAUAAUUCGGCCGAUUUCUCUAAGGCUACUAAAUGGAAUACUACUGUCAACAACGUUACUCAACAGAUCCCUCCGGCAUGCUGUAAAAAUAUGACAUUAUCGGACCAAUGUGUGGCAAAUCCAACACCCGUCAACUCGUACACAAUGGGAUGUAAAGAGGCGUUAGCAGAUUUGUUUGAAAGAUAUUUCUCUGUUAUAAUUGGAGUAGCUGCUACACUUGUUUUCUGUCAGUUAGUUAUGAUGAUCUUGUCUUUCCUGAUGAUGUGUACAAAAGUGGAGAAUUCUUACAACUUCAAAGAAUAACACCAACACAGAAUUAUGCUGAACCUUGAUAUUAUAAAUUGCAAUAUACUCAUAUUCAUGCCUGUACAUACAUUUUUAUUUAACUAUUUUGAUAUUUUCCGAUCGUUUAAAAAUAUUGUCAACAUACUGCAUGGAAAUGGAUUUUUGUUGAGACUUUCGUGAUUUACCUUGUGUCACUGUAACAAAGGAAAACCUGAUUUUUCGUAGGGUAUUUUUCACACUAUUUAUGCUAGCCAUGCAAUAUACAUGUAUUACGAUGGUGGGAUUUUACAUCUUGCUUCAUAGUUGUUGGAGAAUGAUCCAUAUACGUAUGUUCAAUGUGAAUAUAUCAAUAGACCUUGUGUGGUCUCAUCGUUACCCAUGUGAUUAUUCAAAUGAGAUCUACAUAUGUUGAACUGUCACUACUGAUCAAUAAUCAACGCCUCAGCUCAAAGAUGGACUUGGAAUAUGAAGAUUGGUUGUUCCAAAUCAACCAAUCAGAUUCUACAUGGGUAAUCACAUGAUUAAUAGAGUACAGAAGGUUUAGAAAGUGAUUUCAUUGUUUGCAGUUAGAGGAUUUACUUAAAAUGUACAUUGCCAACAAAUAUUUUUCUAAAUUGAAACGUGAACCUUAAUUGUAGUCAUGUAUAUUGAUAGGUCAAAGGUCAUGACAUGAGACUCUUUACAUCAACUUAGAUAGGAAUAUGCUCACUAAAAUAAUGUACAGACUAAAAUACAAAUUAAUGAUUAGUUCUCAACCAAUAGACAGCGAAGCUUAACAAUGGCAUUUAUUUUUUUCCAAAACGUUUAGU